GAAUCUUGUCAACAGUACCAGCUCUUUGGGAUAUUGUAUGACACUACAUCAUGAGUGACAGUAAAUGUGAUAGUCAGUUUUACAGUGUGCAAGUGGCAGACUCAACUUUCACUGUCCUAAAACGUUAUCAGCAGUUGAAACCAAUUGGCUCUGGAGCCCAAGGAAUUGUUUGUGCUGCUUUUGAUACAGUUCUUGGGAUUAAUGUUGCAGUCAAGAAACUAAGCCGUCCUUUUCAAAAUCAAACUCAUGCAAAGAGAGCUUAUCGUGAACUUGUCCUCUUAAAAUGUGUCAAUCAUAAAAAUAUCAUUAGUUUGUUAAAUGUGUUCACACCACAAAAAACUCUAGAAGAAUUUCAAGAUGUGUAUUUGGUUAUGGAGUUAAUGGAUGCUAAUUUGUGUCAGGUUAUUCAUAUGGAAUUGGACCAUGAAAGAAUGUCCUACCUGCUGUACCAGAUGCUUUGUGGUAUUAAACAUCUGCAUUCAGCUGGUAUAAUUCAUAGAGAUUUGAAGCCUAGCAACAUUGUAGUAAAAUCAGAUUGUACCCUUAAGAUCCUUGACUUUGGUCUGGCCCGGACGGCAUGUACCAACUUUAUGAUGACCCCCUAUGUGGUAACACGGUAUUACCGUGCCCCUGAAGUCAUCCUGGGCAUGGGCUACAAAGAGAACGUUGAUAUCUGGUCAGUGGGUUGCAUCAUGGGAGAGCUGGUGAAAGGUUGUGUGAUAUUCCAAGGCACUGACCAUAUUGAUCAGUGGAAUAAAGUUAUUGAGCAGCUGGGAACACCAUCAGCAGAGUUCAUGAAGAAACUUCAACCAACUGUGAGAAAUUAUGUAGAAAACCGACCAAAAUAUCCUGGAAUCAGAUUCGAAGAACUCUUUCCAGAUUGGAUAUUCCCGUCAGAAUCUGAACGAGACAAAAUAAAAACGAGUCAAGCCAGAGAUCUGUUAUCGAAAAUGCUAGUGAUCGAUCCCGACAAGCGGAUCUCCGUGGACGAAGCCCUGCGCCACCCCUACAUCACUGUGUGGUAUGACCCCGCUGAAGCAGAAGCGCCACCACCUCAGAUUUACGAUGCCCAGUUGGAAGAAAGAGAACAUGCAAUUGAAGAGUGGAAAGAGCUGAUUUACAAAGAAGUAAUGGAUUGGGAAGAAAGAAGCAAGAAUGGUGUUGUAAAAGAUCAACCUUCAGAAUGAGAAGGAGAUCUGGAAUCCUUUCACCGAAUCCCCACCACACAGCUUGAGGAGAGGGACACAUCUUGCCUGGCACGAGGAAGUGAAGUGUGUUCUUCACCACAGGCCGCUGCAUGUUCUCACAAGUCUUUCUUUGCUCUCUUCUAUUCAAAAACACCUUUGAGAAUCCAUUGGAAACUUCUCCCUAGAAAAACAGCAUGAGCACGAAUCUUGGCAGACUAGCGGAAUCCUGGACCCAGUGGAUCCCACAUUAAGUGUCCCUCUAGGUGUCGCUGUAGAUGCUUCAUGCUCUCAGGGAAGCAGAACCUGCCACCUCUCUUCCUAGCUCCGGCACUUUUAACACCGCAAUCCUGAGCGUAAAUACAGAAGCCGUCGCCCAGGGCUCUAGCAGUAGUCAGUGUUCUUACGUGACGUCAGAAAGAAUACAGGGACUUGGUUCUGACGCGGUGACUGUUUCCACGUCCACGUGCUCUCACUAUGUACAUGGUGUAGGCCGGCCCUGAACUCGCUGUAUCAAGGUCUAAGAGGACACCGACUCGGCCGAGGAGGUUGGAGAUGAGGUGAGAGGGAAACCAGAGGGAGGGGAGAGCAGGCUGAGGAUUCGGGCCAAGUGUUGGAGAGUCAGGGAGACAGAUACCUAAUAUUGUAUAAGAAACUGAUAGAGAAAAUUAAAAUUCAUCAUGAGCUGAAAUAAAAGGGAGGAAAAGAAACU